GUGAAGUACGCGGAAGCUACAGGCGGAGGGAGCUUCGACGGAAGCGGUCUUGUCUGUCAACGGAGGAAAACAUUUUCCACACAAUAUUAGACAAAAAAAAUAACCGAAGCUUAAUCCCACCAAAUAACACCGGCAUCCGCUGCGAUGAUUCUGUUAGAAAUUAAUAACCGCAUCAUAGAAGAGACGCUGACGUUGAAGUUCGACGGCGCAUCCAACGGAACCAAACCUGAGGCUGUCGAUGUGACGUUUGCUGAUUUUGAUGGCGUCUUGUACCACAUCUCCAACCCCAAUGGGGACAAGACCAAAGUGAUGGUCAGCAUCUCCCUGAAGUUCUACAAGGAGCUGCAGGAGCACGGCGCUGACGAGGUACUCAAGAAGGCUUAUGGGAAUUUCCUGGUUUCACCAGAGGCUGGCUACAAUGUGUCCCUGCUUUACGACCUGGAGGCCCUACCAGCCAAUAAAGAUGAGGUUGUUCACCAGGCAGGGAUGCUAAAGAGGAACUGCUUCGCCUCAGUGUUUGAAAAGUACUUCAAGUUCCAGGAAGAGGGCAAAGAGGGCGAGAAGAGGGCUGUGGUCCACUACAGAGACGAUGAGUCAAUGUACGUGGAGGCCAAGAAAGACAGAGUGACGGUUGUUUUCAGCACAGUGUUCAAAGACGACGACGAUGUCAUCAUCGGCAAAGUCUUCAUGCAGGAGUUUAAGGAGGGUCGGAGAGCCAGCCACACGGCUCCCCAGGUGCUCUUCAGCCACAGGGAGCCUCCUCUGGAGCUGAAGGACACAGACGCCGCCGUCGGCGACAACAUCGGAUACAUCACCUUCGUCCUGUUUCCUCGUCACACCAAUGCCAAUGCCAGAGACAACACCAUCAACCUCAUCCACACCUUCAGGGACUACCUGCACUACCACAUAAAGUGCUCCAAGGCCUACAUUCACACAAGGAUGAGAGCCAAGACGUCAGAUUUCCUCAAGGUGCUGAACCGUGCCCGACCUGACGCAGAGAAGAAGGAGAUGAAGACCAUUUCUGGAAAGACCUUCUCCCGCUGAAUCCGGCAUCUGCUGGAGUAAUUCAAACCCCCAAUUGGACGCGAUCAGUCGCGCAACAUCGGAUUCAACGCCACAUUGGACAGGACGUCAGGACGCCCCCCCCUUCGCCUCCCAGAUAUUGUGUCCAGCUUUUCUUUCUUUCAUUUCGUUUUUUUUUUUUCUUCCUGCUUUGGAUGAGUAAAAAAGUUGGCUCCAGAUUAGGAAAGCCAAAGCUAAAGAUACGUGGAAAAAAAGGGCAUUCCUUGCUUUGCAUUGUUAAAGAGAAUUAUUAGUCCUAUAUAAAUAUAUAUAUGAACAAAAUGAAUGAAACUUUUGAUACGAUAUUUUACUUCAUUUGGUACUCUUGCUUGCCCCCAUCCCCCCUGCCGUCACCAUAAUUUAUCCACAUGCUGGAUGAUUUAAUCUCCCUUCCUUUGUGCUUUCAUGUGGUCUGUACCAUCAUCAUUUGAAAAAUAAAACACUCUUAAAAACAGAA